AAAUGUGUUUGUGUGUAUGAAAUCACUGCACUUCAGUCAUGGUUCAUAUCACACUGGCAGUCAGUGUAAGGGUAAAUUAGGGCACUCCCUCAUCCUUUUAAACCUGAGCUGUACUAAACCCACAGCCAUCAUGGCUAAUUAGCGGUAAUUGAGAUGAAUGCCACAAAUUACUCAGUUACUUGAGGACACGUCGACUCUAUUUCCCCUCAAUGUAAUGGGGGCCCAGUCUCCCAGUUCCUGUAACUUGCACCUUAAUUUACAUUGGAGCCACUGCUGAGGGCCCACUGGGCCCUUCGAUGGAGGGGGUUUGAUUGGGGGCAUGACAUUGCAGGGUCUGGCCAAGAUGCACCUGAAGGAUUCAGUCUCCAGGACAGUGGCUGCAGAAGUUCGCAAGCAGGUGGCCCGGGAAUAUGGGGGCUCUCCACAGCUUUCAAAGAAGCGAGGGGGUCAGGCGUCGGUGCCCUUGUCUGACGUAGUAGAGCCCCUGGAUUUUGAAGAGUACCUCUCCAGUCACCCCCCAGAUGCUGAUAGCGAGGCCCUCAGAGAUCUCUGUGAUGUUCCUCCAGAUGACAUUGAGAUUCUAUACGAACCCAGAGAAUGUCGCACUAUAGAACCUGCUGCACCAGAGGAGGGGAAGUUGGACUCGAGAGUUCGGGAUGCACUGAAGGAGUACAUGCAUGACUGGGUGUUGGUACAGAGAAGGUCCCAGGAACUGAGCACAACUUACUCCCCCAUCACACUGGAACGGCAGAGGCAGCGCCAGAGGGGGCUGAGCCGUCACCUCUAUGAAGUGGAUGAGGCCGAGGAAGAGAGGGGGGCUCAGGAGGAGCAGGAGGACAAAAAGCGCUCGUCAGUCUCCAUGGACGAUACCCCCCGUGGGAGCUGGGCCUCAAGCAUCUUCGACUUAAAGAAUUCCUCCGCUGAUCCCCUGCUCCCUGGUCUCCUGGAAAGAGCCCCCUCUGAGGAAACAGAUCAGAUUAACCAGGAGCAACGGAGGGAAAGCAGGCACCCCCAAAUCCUGGCCCUUUACUCAGCUCCUGAUGAGGAUGAAGCCGUGGAGCGUUCCACCAUUCCUGAGGUGCCGAAAGAACAUUUUGGGUUCCGGUUACUCGUGAAGUUCCUAUCACUGAAAUUUGAGAUAGAAAUUGAGCCGAUAUUUGGGGUUAUGGCUCUUUAUGAUGCUAAAGAAAAGAGAAAGAUAUCUGAGGGCUUCCACUUUGACCUGAACUCAGACUCCGUUAAGAACAUACUGAGGUCCCCUAGUGGGCACCAAGCACCUUCUACCCUUGCCCGUUCUGCCAUUUUCUCCAUCACAUACCCCUCUCCAGACAUAUACCUUAUCAUAAAGCUGGAGAAGGUGCUGCAGCAGGGAGAUAUAGGAGAGUGCUGUGAGCCGUAUAUGGUGCUGAAGGAGAGCGAUGGCAUCAAGAACAAGGAGAAGGUGGACAAGCUGAGAGGCCAGGCCGAACAGUUCUGCUCGCGGCUUGGUCGGUAUCGCAUGCCCUUUGCCUGGACGGCCAUACACCUCAUGAACAUCGUCAGCAGCGUGGGGGCCACUGAGCGAGAUUCUGACUCCGACAGUGAACGAAAGGGAACCUGGAAUGAGCGGAAGAGGAAAGCAUUUGAGCGACUGAGUGUUGGAGAUGAGACGUGUGGACUUAACACCUUUCGCCCAGCGACACUUACCGUCACCAACUUCUUUAAACAGGAAGGGGACCGGCUGAGUGAUGAAGAUCUCUACAAAUUCCUGGCAGAUAUGAGGAGACCGUCUACAGCUCUGCGCCGACUGCGCCCAGUAACAGCUCAACUGAAGAUUGAUGUGUCCCCAGCCCCAGAGAAUCCCCAGUUCUGUUUGACCCCCGAGCUUCGUCAUGUGAAGCCCUAUCCAGACCCACGUGUGCGACCUACUAAGGAGGUGCUGGAGUUUCCAACUCGAGAGGUGUUCAUACCUCACACUUCUUAUCGGAAUCUGCUAUUUGUGUACCCUCGGAGCCUGAACUUCAGCAGUCGGCAGGGAUCGGUGAGGAACAUUGCUGUGAAAGUUCAGUUCAUGGCUGGAGAGGACCCCAAUCAGGCAUUGUCGGUAAUAUUUGGCAAAUCGAGCUGCAGUGAGUUCUCCAGUGACGCUUACACACCUGUUGUCUAUCACAACAAGUCUCCUGAUUUCUACGAAGAAUUCAAAAUGAAAAUUCCAGGGAAUCUGACAGAAAACCAUCACCUUCUCUUCACCUUCUACCAUGUUAGCUGCAGGCCCAAUCAGACCACUGCCGUGGAGACUCCGGCAGGGUAUACGUGGAUCCCGCUGAUGCAACAUGGCAGAUUGCAAACCGGAUCUUUCUCCCUUCCUGUAUCAGUGGAGAAGCUGCCCCCAAGUUACUCGGUGCUGACCCCCGAUGUCCAGCUCCCAGGAAUGAAAUGGGUGGAUAACCACAAGCCUGUGUUCUAUGUGGAUUUGGUGGCUGCCUCCUCUGUCCACACACAGGACCCCCACUUGGACAAGUUUUUUACAUUGGUGCAGUUGCUAGAGGAGCAGAGUUUCCCAUUCCGGCUGAAGGACGUAAUCAUCACUGAAAAUAACGUGGAGUCAGAAUUGCGGAACAGCAUGGUGAAUUUGCUCCAAGCAGCUCUUGGGCCCGCUGUCUGCUUCUGCCAUCACUUGCUGGACAAGCUCAUCCUACUCAUUGUGCGACCCCCUAUCAUUGGGGGCCAGAUUGUAAACCUGGGCCGUGCCGCAUUUGAAGUGAUAGCCAAGUUGGUGGGCCACAUCCAUCGUGAUGUGGAGGUGAGUCAGGACCACCACGGAAGAAACAGCCUCCUGGCUUCUUAUUUAUAUUAUGCUUUUCACCUUCCCAGUGAUAUGCCGGCACAACUGAACACUGUGGCCUCUAGUUCAUCUACUGUAUCCUCUCUCCACUCUGCCACAAUGUCUCGUGCAACGGGGCGCCCCAGCAGCUAUACACUUGCCCGCUGCAAAAGCAUCAGUAAUAGUAACCCAGAUCUGACCAGCAUUCCUGGCUCUACAGAUGAUGAGGAGGUGCAGAGGAUCUUAGGAGGCAAGGGUAUUGAUCGCUCUCACUCCUGGGUGAAUUCUGCUUAUGGCCCUGGGGGUCCCAAAUCUGUGCAACGCCGGACCCAGCCCAACUCCAACACUGAGCUUCGACAGGGCAUGGAGCGCAGCCCUAACCGCAUAUCAAGCUACAUGGAGGGCGGAGCAUCCUCUAUCCAGCCGCGGCCCACUGCCAAGAAGUUACUGCAUGAGGAGCUGGUACUACAGUGGGUGGUUAGUAGCGCUGCUGUACGGGAGGCUGCCAUGAGUCAAGCUUGGUUCUUCUUCCAACUCAUGACUAAGAGCAUGACUCUGCACCUUCACAUGUCCGAAAGGCUGGACGCCCCCCGGAGGCAGCGCUUCCCAGAAAGAUUUGUUGAUGACAUUAAUGCUCUUGUGUGCAAUGUGUGCUCAGAGAUCACUGGCCGGUACCUCAAGGAUCCAGAGGUAGCCGAGCGUCUGAACAGCAGUCUGGCCUUUUUCCUGAACGAUCUCUUGUCACUGAUGGACCGAGGAUUUGUCUUUAACCUAAUUCGAUCUUACUACAAGCAGGUGAAUAACAAGCUGGCAACAGCACAGAACCCAAAUGCCUUGAUAUCUAUGCGCAUGGAUCUGAUCCGCAUCGUCUGCUCCCAUGAGCACUACGUCUCCUUGAACUUACCCUGUGGCACUCUGACGCCCCCAAACUCCCCAACUCCUUCUAUCUCCUCCACCACCUCCCAGAGCUCGGUGUUCUCCAGCCCGGCCCAGGACAGGACUAUCACAAACAUGUUUGAACUGUCGGUGCCAUUCAGACAGCAGCACUUCCUCGCCGGCCUGAUCCUGACUGAACUUUGCCUUAUACUGGAGCCCGAUGUAGAAGGAGUAUUCUUCCUCCAGAAAAAGUCCAUUAGCACCCUGCACAAUCUGCUCUGCAGCCACGACACUGACCCCCGCUAUGCAGAGCCACUGGUUAAAGAGAGUGUCGCUCGCCUCUACCUACCCCUGAUUGGUAUCUUACUGGAGAAUCUGCCCCAGCUGUAUGACUUUACAGAUCCGCACGCACACCGGACACGCCAUGCUUCUGCACUUAUGGAUGAGGUGGAUUCGGAUGGAACAACCAUAAAUCCGACAGUUGCCAUGGCAAUAGCUGGAUCCCCCUUACCUGUUCCACAGAAAACCAAUAACUUCCCUCUACCUCCUUGUCCUGCCAGGGCAGGUAGCACCCUCUCUGCUGAUGCCAGUCGCAAUCUGCUUGUCUGUGCACUGUGGGUGUUGAAGAACGCAGAAAGGGAAUUUUUGCACCGUUGGUUCUCCAACCUGACUGUGCUACAGCUCACUCGCCUUCUGGAGCUACUCAGCCUGAGCGUGUCCUGCUUCCAGUACAAGGGUAAGAAGGCCUUUGAACGUAUAAACAGUCUGACAUUUAAGAAGUCACUGGAUAUGAAGGCCCGAUUAGAAGAGGCCAUACUAGGGACAAUAGGGGCCCGGCAGGACAUGGUGAAACGCAGCAGAGAACGUGGUCCCUUUGGCAACCAAGAGAACGUGCGAUGGAGGAAAAACAUUACUCAGUGGAGGCCGACCAGUGAAAAGACAGAGAAGACACAAGCAGAGCGAGAGCUAGAGAUUAUAUUGGAUGGAAAUAUGGCGACUGAGGCCAAUUUGGUGGUGUUAGACACACUGGAGAUCAUUGUGCAGACAGUGAUGAUGUCUGAGCUGAAAGAGAGCAUUCUGGGAGGAGUGCUGAAAGUGAUAUUGCACAGCUUGGGCUGCGAUCAGAGUGCUGUGUACCUGCAACACUGUCUGACCAGUCAGAGAUCACUAGUGAGCAAGUUCCCAGAGAUGCUCUUCGAAGAUGACACAGAACUGUGCUCUGAUCUAUGUCUCCGGCUCCUGCGCCACUGCAGUAGUUGUAUCAGUAGUGUCCGUACACAGGCCAGUGCCUCCCUCUACCUGCUCAUGAGGCAGAACUUUGAGAUUGGAAAUAAUUUUGCUCGGGUAAAGAUGCAGGUCACCAUGUCCCUAUCCUCAUUAGUGGGGACAUCACAGAAGUUUAAUGAGGAGCACCUACGCCGGUCGCUAAAGACCAUCCUGACGUAUUCAGAGGAAGAUCUGGAGAUGAGAGACACAACUUUCCCAGAGCAGGUCCAGGAUCUGGUGUUCAAUCUGCACAUGAUCCUUACAGACACCGUGAAGAUGAAAGAGCAUCAGCAAGACCCUGAGAUGUUAAUGGAUUUAAUGUAUAGGAUUGCCAAAGGAUACCAGAACUCACCAGACCUACGUCUUACAUGGCUCCAAAAUAUGGCAGCCAAACACAGUGAACGUGGGAAUCAAGCGGAGGCUGCACAUUGUUUAGUACAUGGCGCCGCCCUGGUGUCGGAAUAUCUCAGCAUGCUGGAGGAUGCCAGACAUCUGCCCGUGGGCUGCGUCAGCUUCCAGAACAUCUCGUCCAACAUUCUGGAGGAGUCGGCAGUGUCUGAUGACGUGGUAUCGCCAGAUGAGGAAGGAAUAUGCGCCGGCAAAAACUUCACAGAGGCAGGACUGGUGGGACUUCUGGAACAGGCUUGUGCCAGCUUUACCCUGGGCGGCCUGUUUGAGGCUGUAAAUGAAGUCUACAAGAUACUUAUUCCCAUCUAUGAAGCCAGUCGAGAUUACAAAAAGUUGGCGGUGGUUCAUGGAAAAUUACAGGAGGUGUUCAGCAAGAUUACCAACCAGAUCACAAGCUGGGAGAGGAUGUUUGGCACAUAUUUCCGCGUUGGUUUCUAUGGUUCAAAGUUUGGAGACUUGGAUGAACAGGAGUUUGUGUAUAAGGAACCGUCUAUAACCAAACUGGCAGAGAUAUCGCACCGACUGGAGGAGUUCUACACUGAGAGAUUUGGGGAAGGGACGGUGCAAGUUGUUAAAGAUUCUAAUCAUGUGGAUAAAAGCAAACUGGACCCAAACAAGGCUUAUAUUCAAAUCACAUACGUAGAGCCAUUUUUCGAUACGUAUGAACUGAAGGAUCGCGUCACGUACUUCGACAAAAACUACAACCUCCGCACCUUCCUUUUCUGCACUCCCUUCACGCUGGACGGCCGAGCGCACGGAGAGCUGCACGAGCAAUACAAGCGCAAGACGGUGCUCACCACGUUGCACGCCUUCCCCUACAUCAAGACACGUAUCAAUGUGCUCGACCGGGAAGAGGUGGUGCUCAUCCCGGUGGAAGUGGCCAUUGAAGACAUGCAGAAGAAGACUCAGGAGCUGGCGUUUGCCACUCACCAGGAUCCAGCUGAUGCUAAGAUGCUACAGAUGGUGCUGCAGGGCUGUGUAGGCACAACCGUCAACCAGGGCCCUCUCGAGGUGGCCCAGGUGUUUCUGUCUGAGAUCCCAGAAGAUCCUCGACUUUACCGACUCCAUAACAAGCUGCGAUUGUGCUUCCGAGAUUUUACCAAGAGAUGUGAGGAUGCUUUGAAGAAGAACAAAACUCUGAUUGGUCCAGACCAGCGAGAAUAUCACAGGGAGCUGGAGAGGAACUACCAGAGGCUUCGAGAGGCUCUUGCACCUUUAACAUCUCGGAGGAUACCACAACUCUAUAAUGACUUAUUGCCCCACACUACUGCCAGAGAUUCUCUGAAUCGCUCAAGCCGUAUUGACGUUUGAGAUGCCCAGUGCCUUACUACUAUUACCCCUUUCUGACGAGAAACACUAACGAAGAGGAUAGCGGCGCACAGAAUCACUCAGGGAGGCCAGUCUCCAUAGAGGCCUAACUGGAGGGCUGAAAUGCAGAGUUGUCGGGGCCCUGUGCUAACCUGGGUGCAAAGCUUCCUCUUCUGAGUGAACUUUCUCUGCUGUAACCUGUGGAUCCAGAUCUGGGACCAGAGAGACAGAGACUAUGGUGGCUGAGAAUGGAGUAAAAGCUGAGUGUUGAUUGGGGGCAGGCAAAGAGGAUAGGGCAGUGAUUUCAUUGCCCCCUAUGGCUACCAUGAAACCCCCAUGGCAGUUGCAUUGAUCCUCAGGGACAACUAAGAUCAGAGUGUUGCCAGGGAAGCCAUAGCCUAGUGUCUGUUACCCCUAUCCCAAUGUCAUGGAUGCUUGUCCUGCUCUCACAAAAUGUAUGUUCUGCACUGUAGGAAGGAUUCUGUUUAUGUCUGGAUACUGAGUUUGCCCUGUAUCAGUGCCGCCAUUGUGUUUCUGCUCUUGUGCAGGGUUAUUGCACUCCCCUGACAUGUCACUGUCACUGCAUCCAUCCCUAUUGCUGUUACUACUGUCCUGCUGCCAUGUCUGUUGUCACAGUAUCAGUUACUUCCUGUUUUGUCACCCAUUCCAACUGUGUUCUGUCGCCCAUUGGGAUUGAGUCUGUUUCACUGCCGCUUCCUGGUUUGUCACCCAUUGAGACUAUGUAAGUAUGACUGCCGAUUCCUGGUUUGUGACCCUGUGAGACUGUGUAAGUAUGACUGUCACUUCCUAGUUUGUCCACCAGUGAGACUGUGUAAGUAUGACUGUCACAUCCUGGUUUGUCACCCAGUGAGACUGUGUAAGUAUGACUGUCACUUCCUGGUUUGUCCACCAGUGAGAUUGUUUAAGUAUGACUGUCACUUCCUGGUUUAUCACCCAGUGAGACUGUGAAAGUAUGACUGUCACGUCCUGGUUUAUCCACCAGUGAGAUUGUGUAAGUAUGACUGUCAUUUCCUGGUUUAUCACCCAGUGAGACUGUGUAAGUAUGACUGUCACGUCCUGGUUAUCACCCAGUGAGAUUGUGUAAGUAUGACUGUCACAUCCUGGUUUAUCACCCAGGGAGACUGUGUAAGUAUGACUGUCACAUCCUGGUUUAUCACCCAGGGAGACUGUGUAAGUAUGACUGUCACUUCCUGGUUUGUCCACUAGUGAGAUUGUGUAAGUAUGACUGUUACUUCCUGGUUUGUCACCCAGUGAGACUGUGUAAGUAUGACUGUCACAUCCUGGUUUAUCACCCAGGGAGACUGUGUAAGUAUGACUGUCACUUCCUGGUUUAUCACCCAGGGAGAUUGUGUAAGUAUGACUGUCACAUCCUGGUUUAUCACCCAGGGAGACUGUGUAAGUAUGACUGUCACUUCCUGGUUUGUCCACUAGUGAGAUUGUGUAAGUAUGACUGUCACUUCCUGGUUUAUCACCCAGUGAUACUGUUGUGUCAGUGUUUCUGCCUGUUCUGUCUCCCAUUAGUUUAUUGCCCGUUGGAACUAUGUCUGUUCUGUCUCUCACACACUGUGACUGUCACUUCCUGUUAUAGAGUGCUGCUGUCACUAUAUUAUAUAUAUGAGCCGUUUGUUUUGUAAUAAAACCCUUGUAAUGCUGA